ACACUGAUGCGCACACAGAUGAGCUGACAUUUUAAUCGUUACGCACAUCUCGGGGGUAACUAAAUAAAUCAAGAAAAGAUUCUCAUCAGAACUUCAGUGCUUUACACUGGACACUGCUCAGCGCGGCUGGGAGCGAACACGGACAAUGAGCUGAAGAUCUGUAGAGGGGUUUGUAGUGCAGCGCAGAACCACAGUGAUGCGGUAAGAUUUCCUUCCACUGAAGCGGUCUGGAAAUGCUGUCUCUCUGAGGGAUGUGUCACCUGGAAAAAUGUUCUCUGAUUAUGAAAUUUUGGCUGAAUAGCGCUUGUUCCCGUCUCCAAUAUGGGCACGCAUGACACAUCCAGUCUGUCUGAGGCAGAAUAACCUCUUCAGCUCAGAAAGCACCUGUUGAGACAUUUGAUCAUGCACAAAGUUUAUGUGGAGCAGAAGCAGUCGGGCCACGGCAGGUGAAAUGUUCCUAGCCUACAUGAAGUGAAACUGUUUAGUUGUAACAUUAAUAUGUUACUGGACACACUGGUCUGGUUGGUUAGACCAGUGUUUGAAGUGGAAAACACACACACACCAAUUAAAAUAAUGGUGAUAGCGUGGACUAGAAGCCAGGUGAUGGUUUAUGUAUUUAAAUGAUGAUCAGACUGCUGUAAAAUGUAAUCUGUUGCAACAAACAGACACCAGAAGUGAGGAACAGAAAAUUAAAUGACCCUUUCAAUGUUUAGAGCAGCAGGAACUCUGAGAGGCUGCAGGCGCAUCAGUGAGUUUGCGGCCGCUGUGCAGGGGGAGAGUGCUGAAGCAGGAACAGUUAAGAUGCAAAAACUACCGUUGUUAAAAUAAAUUGUGUUAACUUAGAAAAUGUGGGCGCAAUUUUCAUUACUUGUCAACAUUUUUCUCCAACGUUAAGACUGCUGCACAAGAAAAAAAAAAGACUGCUGCUUGCGUGGGCCCUUUGUAGCUGUGGGCCCCUGGGCCUGUGCCCAGUUUGCCCAUAAUCCGGCCUUGCAGAUCAGCACUAGAAGAUUCUAGAUGAGCAGAGACUAGUCAUACACAUUGGCUUGAUAAGUAGAUAAAAACAUUUCACUAUAACAUUGAGUUGCUGGUAAGUUGUUGCUGGAAUUGCUGGGAAAAAGUUGCUUGAGUAGCCAGCAAUUUUUUUCUAGUUCACUGUUAGCAUUGUUAGCUCAAUGUUAGCCUCUAGCCUACUUCACCCGAUAAUAGAGUAAAACAAUAAGAAUACCAUGCCUUUGUAGGUUUACAAAAAAUAGCUUCUGGGCCCCUCCUUUGAUUGGCCAACGUUCUUUCCACAAUGCUGCCGCCUUUUCCUGGCUGGUGUCAAAUUACAGAUGCUAAAACUGGCUCUCGGAGCAGGAAGUAUGGAGGCGGGACAGAAGGUAAAAAAAAAUAUAAAGGCUACAUUUCUCUUCAGCUCUUGUUAGAAAAACUGGCAACCACCAGUCGAUGAGAAGGACAUCUAUUUCAAUGUAACCUUCCUUCCAACUGGAUAGAGUCAUUAGAAGGUUAAGUGGUUAUUUCACCAUAAACUUCUUACUUAUUGCACCUUUAAACAACCAAAACCAGUUGACAUAACUUGGUUAAGGGACUUUCACAUUUAAAUUCAUAUGUGUAAUAUCACACCAGGACCAUCAGUUCUUUAUUUUUAGUUUCUGAGUCAACUGUCAAAUAAUUUCCAAGAUAAGUUAUUAAAAUUUGAUGUCAUCUCGAUGAUAUAUGUAGCUACUGAAUGAAAUUACUUUAAAACACCAAGAACAGCCCUUUAUAUCUUGUGGCCUGUCUGCGCUUGGCUAUAAAUGGCUGGCGGCCAGCUCCAGGCAGCCCCUCUGCUCGAAGGUUUAUCUUCUUUGGAACAUAAUUUGUUUCAUUGUAGCAGUGGCUUUAUUAAAUGCCCACAUUAUGACCGUAGGGCUGCGGACUGAUUGGUAAGUGCAAGCAACCAGAUAAGGAAAGAGAGGCAGAGCUUGUGCACAAUGUGUGUGAGGGAAGAGCGUGUGUGGGCGUUUGUUAGAUAGAGAGAAAGUCUGUGCAGUGGAUUGGGGUCAUGUUGCUCCUGAGAGUCAAAUAAAUUAACAAGAACCUUCAGGAAAUUAACAUAGGGAUGUGUGCGUGCCCACAUGCAUGCACUUGCAUGAUGCAUCAUGUCUGUUUCAGUGUCUCUGUCGGUCCCAUCGGGCUCCAUAAUUAACAGACAUGCUGUGCCAAUGGAGGUCAAGGUCAUGGCUGUUAUUAGUACCAGACAAGAGCAUCAUUCUGUCCUCUGAUGGAGGCCAGUGAGCUUGUACUACCGCUGCAAGCUCCAUUAACUGCCCUUGGAGCCAUUUUUUGUCCUCAUGUAUGCUCACAUCAGGCAUCAUGUCCCCAUGGCCUGUUGACCAUGACGUUUAACUAUCAUCACAUUCAGCUGGAUUUUUAUUUAAUUAAAUUUUCUGUGAGAUACAAGCAUUAUUUCAUAAGGAAUAUUUGUCCAAUCAUUCCACAUAACUUAUUUUUAAUUGUUUUUAAAUGAAAUUUCAUUAAAUGGCCAGUUUUGCUUAUGACCCCUGUCAUAUACUGUAAAAUCUGAUUAGUUCACCUUACUUGGAAAAAUCAGAGACCGUUAAUAAAAGAAGUACAUGGAAGUAUGUUUUGGAGCUACAACUAAGACAAAUUAUACAUAGAACUUGGAAAAAAUGCUUACUGAACAUGUAUUUCUGAGUUGUAUAAGCAGUGGUAAACAGGAGGCAAAUGUACCUUUGGCAUAUAGCAUUUAAGCACAUUUCAUUUUGUAUUAGUAGCUGCAACACAUAUCUAGAUAGACUACUUGUUUUUUUUAGUUGUAUUAUUGGUAAUAAAAACAAACUCCAGAAAACACUUAAACUAAAAUAUAAUAGCCCUUGUAGCGGGAUAAUUUUUUAACUCAUGUUUUACCUGCGAAACGGUGACAUAAUUCUAAAUGUGCCAUUUAAAAAUUCUUGGAAUUUUUUUAAGCCAAAUAUUUUCCAAUCCAUCUUCUGUUGUAUUUGUGCAUCGUGGAAUGAGCAGCUUAGCUAAACAUGCGAGUGCCUCCAAAAAGGGGGCAAAGCAUCCUUCAAUAUUCUCCUCUUGGUAUUCACUUGUUUUGAGCUCUGCUAGGCGAGUCACCAACUGACCCCUGACAGCUUUGGACAGUUCCUCAGGACAAUAGGACUUGGUCACUGGCAUGAAAAGGAGGGCCGUUCUGUUGUGGCUGUGUAUCUAUAUCUUUACCACUGACCCAGCCAUGCAGUGUAAUAAGGAAUAAAGUGUUAAAAAAAAGCCAAAUUGUUUUUUUCUCUUUCUUUGCUUCUUACUAUGAAAAGGUGCAAGCAUCCAAUCCAGCAUCUCAAAACAAGAAACAUGGGAGUAUUUUAGGAGAUUUUGAGGGAUCAGGCUAUCCAACAACAUAACAUUUCUCCUACACCAGCUGGUAUUAUUAAAGGUGACAGAUGAUUGACUGAAAUGAUAAUUUAAAACUUUUUGGGAUUGAUUUUUAGUUUAAUUCAUCAAUAACCAACACAUCGUUUAUUAUGGAUCACAUUUUAAGCUGAUCAACUCAUGCAAUGAAAACAAAAACUGUUGGUUAAACAAACAAGCCGUUAGCAGAUUUAUCUAAUCCUUGACGCCUAUUUAAGGCGCGAGCUCGGUGAACAUCUGCGCACAGACUGACCGCGCGCGCUUUCUGUGCCCCCGUUUCCUUGCGCACAUUCACUCCGGUCAUUCCUUAGCGAUGUAUCUCAUCUUUUAACUAAAAAGUAGGACAGAAACCUGGAAGGCAACAGUGGAGGACUGGGAUUGAAGGAUGAAGGGCAAAUGAGAAAACAGCUGACUGUCUGACAGACAGAGGAGAGGAGCGCUGUCGCAGAGGAGGAGGAGAGGAGCGAGGGAAGCAGGCGCAGCUCUCCAGAUUCCGCUCCGACGAGAGGGAGAAAAAGCACGCAUGAUGUCGACCUUCAUACCGGCUGAGAGGAAUUAUUGAGGUGCGCCAAGACGACCAUGUUGGACCAGCGUAUUGUCCACGCAUUUCCAAUUUUGCUGGCGUCUACUCUUAAAUAGUUGCGCCCAUUUGCCCCUCCAGAUUGCAGAAGAAGCAGAUAUCUAAAAAUCUCAUCUUCUGCAUCACCGGGGACAUCUUUUGGGGGAGUUCUUGCAUCCCUGGGAGCAAAGCAGAUUGCGGGUGAAAGGAGGAACACCUCUGCCUUCUCCACCUCCCUCUUACAUAAACGUUUGCGUGCCGUUAGUGUUCCCGUUCUCCCUCGACCCGUUUGCUGAGCCUCACGUGCAUCUCAUGCAGACACAGACAGACGUGGACAUUAUUCCACGCGCGCUCAGCCACACAGCCCACAUGCGCUCAUAAUCAAACGGACAAGCCUCACCCCUGUCACCCAUCUAACCCCCACCCCCACCCCCUCACUGUCUGAUGAGUCCCCGGCGCGCAGGUGGACGUGCGCCUUCUGUAGCAUCAUCUUCCUCAGAAGUACCGCUGUCAUCUUCAUCACCAUCACCAUCCUCCUCUUCCUCAACGCCACCAUGUCCUCGUCGCGCAAGAUUUCAUCCGAGUCAUUCAGCAGUUCGGUGGGCUCUGAUUGUGGGCUCGAGAGCUCCGGGGGAGACGGAGGGGAUUGUAUUCUGGAGCCGGCGGAGGAGAGCCGAGGUUGCCCCUUUUCCUCCUUCCCGUCGUCCCACAGAGCGGCUCUCUGGAACGGCCGCAGCCCCGGAGAGAGGCCGGUGUGCCCGUCGGGCGAGGAGAAGCAAGGACCCUGCGUGCCACACAAGAGGGCAACCAGGAGGAGACGGGUGAACCUCGACUCGCUGGGGGAGAGCCUGAGGAGACUCACCUCACCCACGACACAGACUGUUCAGGAAGCUCUUCAGCGAACUCUUCAAUUCUACAGACAACAAGAGAUCAGGUGUCAGAAAGUUGAAAGUGAGGAACGACGACGAGAAAAGAAAGAGGAGAAGUGUCCAUUUCUGGAAAGUUCUGGCUCAGAGGAAGACGUCUUACAAAUUCUUCAGUACAUGGGGACUAUACUAGGAGUACCCUUCUGCGAGCUGCGAGAGCAUUUCGGUGAGGAGUUCUUCAGCCUCUGCUUUGAAGAAAAUGAGCGAGUACUUCGGGCCGUGGGCGGCAACCUUCAGGAUUUCUUCAAUGGUUUUGACGCCAUUUUGGAACACAUUCGCACCUCCACAGGGCGUCGCGUCUCAUCUGAGAGCCCCUCCUUCCAGUGCAAGGAUCCCCACGAAGAGGAGAAAGGGAGAGGGAAAUUGAACAAAGUUGGCAGGCGUGGAGAACGAGAUGGAAGAGGGAAAGUGUUGCUUCUUCAUUGUUUCAACCCUGCACCUGUUGUCGGAUUAGUUAUGCCAGGUUUGAUUAGAGCCGUUGCCAGGCGGAUCUAUCAUUCAGAAGUGGAGGUGGAGGAGGUGCCACCUCUAACUCCCCUGUUGCCAAUCGAAGAUACAGAACUCACAGACUGUGACUCCACGACCCCCACACCCACUGCGUCCCCCACCGUCUCGCCCUCCUCGUCUCCAUCCCCUCCUUCUCUUUUUCCAACUUCUGUUCCUACAGUUUGUCUUUCCUUCCUAAUCCAGGAGACAAAUCUCCCUUCCCUUUUUUCCAUCCCGAACUCUGCCUCACCGAGCACCAGCCGCUCACCCCUCUCCACCAACCCCAGUGACCUGCGCAUCUCCCUGGCUACGUUUUGCCGUGCCUUUCCGUUCCACCUCGUCCUGGGGCCUCGCAUGGAGCUACUGCAGCUCGGAGAGGGACUGAGGAAACAGGCUCGCAUUGAGCCUCACCGGAGCCUCUCGUUUAGGGACUGUUUUGAGAUUGUCUCACCCAAGAUGGAUCCUUCAUUCCAAGGGAUAUUGCUGAGGCUCGCCUCCCCAUUCACCAUCCGCACCAGGCCUGACACCUCACAGACCGGCACCAAGGAGAAGGUGAUGGAGCUGAAGGGUCAGAUGAUCCAUGUGCCCGAGUCGUGCUCCUUGAUGUUUCUGGGCUCUCCACGGGUCGAUAAGUUGGAGGAGCUGAUGGGUAGGGGUCUCCAUCUGUCAGAUAUCCCCAUCCAUGAUGCGACACGAGAUGUUAUCCUUGUAGGAGAGCAGGCCAAGGCCCAGGAUGGCCUGAAGAAAAGAAUGGACAAGCUUAAGGCCACGCUGGAGCGAACCCACCAGGCUCUGGAGGAGGAAAAGAGGCGAACUGUGGAUCUCCUGUAUUCAAUAUUUCCGGGUGAUGUGGCGCAGAAACUGUGGCAGGGUCAGCCAGUGCCUGCACGUAAAUUUGAUGACGUCACCAUGCUUUUCUCUGACAUUGUGGGUUUCACCGCCGUGUGUGCCCAGUGCACUCCCAUGCAGGUCAUCUCCAUGCUGAACGAGCUCUACACACGCUUUGACUACCAGUGUGGCAUCCUGGAUGUUUACAAGAUUGAAACAAUAGGUGAUGCCUACUGCGUGGCUGGAGGGCUGCACAAGAAGGUUGACAGUCACGCAAAACCAAUCGCCCACAUGGCUCUGAAGAUGAUGGAACUGUCUGAAGAGGUGCUGACGCCUGACGGGAAGCCUAUCAAGCUAAGAAUAGGGAUCCAUACAGGUUCGGUUCUGGCAGGUGUGGUUGGGGUUAAAAUGCCACGUUAUUGCCUGUUUGGGAACAACGUGACUCUAGCCAGCAAGUUUGAAUCAGGAAGCCAUCCGAGGUGCAUCAAUGUCAGUCCAACAACCUAUUUAUUGUUAAAAGAUGACCGCUCCUUUUCCUUCGUCCCUCGCUCACGGCAGGAGCUCCCAGAGAAUUUUCCCAAGGAGAUUCCAGGGACGUGUUACUUCCUGGAGGCGGGAACUUCUCACAGCCACGCCUCACUCACCAGCUCUCGCUCCGCUCCUCCAGCCUCCAUGAGGAAAGUCUCCUACAGCAUCGGGACCAUGUUUCUAAGAGAAACAAGUCUGUAGAUCCCCACAUGAACCAAGCCACACCAGUACUUAACAAUGGGAAUUAUGAAUGAUCUUUGAACCCAAGGAACACGUAGGAAACACAAAUUUUGGGAUAUGCAAAAGCAUUCUGUAACAACUUGGAUACAUGCUUUCAUGGAAAAGAACAACGUGCUCUUCACUCCUCCUGAUGAACUGGGAAUCUUCUAUAAGACUUAAUGAACAUCAGCUAGACUGGUCUCUUAUCUUCCUUGAGGAUAGAUUUAAUCAAUUUGUAGAGAAACGUUAUUAUACACCUUAAUGAUCUGACUCCUCCUCACACACACACACACACACACACACACACACACACACACACACACACACACACACACACACACACACACACACACACACACACACACACACACACACACACCGUUCCUGGUCCAGACCAAACAGUACAGCGUGGAAAUGUGGACAGUGACACCGCCGUUCCACUCAAUCAUCCUGGACAUGUGCAAAUAGAACAAACAUAACUUUUUAAUAAUGAGGUGGGUGCUGAAGAGUGAAUUUGUAGGACUCGUCACUACAAAUGUUUGCUGUGCAUCAUGUCCUCUUGUACAAGAUAGACCACUAAAGAAAACCAGUAUACAGCUCCCUGCCCUUAAAUCAUCUCAUUUAUUACCAGACAUCCAUGAGAUCAGCUGCUUUUUACCUCUAAACCAUCAAACUGAGGCCAGUAGAGCAAAUGCAAAUGAGAGGCACAAACAAGGAGAUUUGUUUAUCUAUCUAUCUAUUUAUUUAUUUUUUAACAGACACUAAUCUGAAAAUACAGUCUUCUAAACCACAGCAAGUCAUAGUCAACAAUAAAGUCACCCAUUUUAAUGUUUUUUCUAGGUUCUCAAAAAUAAAAUCCCCUCUCAGUGCCUUAAUAUCCCAUUAAAAAGACACUUACAGAAAGGUUUAAAGUAAAAUAUUUGAAUUGCACAGGAUGUGCUUCAUUAGAUUUUUUUUUCUGUUUUAAUGAAAGCUAUUCAUGUGUCAGACAUUUGAUAUCACAUUUAAAACGAUGCAGGCUACAACCAGCUGCUUUGAGCUGAAUCUGGGUUCUGUUUGCUUGUUUUGAUGCAAUUUUUGUCCUAUUAAUUUUCUCUGGAAAAAAGAUGAAAGUCGGACUGGUGAAACUGGUAAAACUGGUUAAAAUGGUCAAGUUUUAUGAUGUACUGAAAUUAAUGCAUUUGUUCUCAUGCCUGCAAUAAUAAUAAUAAUAAGGCUUUUGUUCUUUAUCAUACAUGUUUUACCUAAUAUUUUAGAUCGCGUUCAACAACACUUUACACUUUUUUGCCCGAAUUUAUAAAAUCGUCAAAAAUUAACAGUAGUAAUAAUCCUUACAAUAAAUACGUAAUCUUAAUCAAACUUGUGCACAGAAUUAAUAUGGCCUCAUACACUUUCUUUCUUUUAUUUGAUUUAGCAUCAAUUAUAGGUUUAAACAUGUAAUUUAAGUGCACUUGUUUUGACUUUAAAAUAUUAAAAAUCUCAGGCCAUCCACAUUUUUAUGGGAGAAGAUUUGUGCCAAAAGGAUCAACCAAAAAUUACAAAUAUAAAAUACAGUCUCACACAAAAUAUACCAGAAUAGAACAACCAAAAAAAAAAACACUUCAGAAGUGGGAUUUUCAAAUGCAAAAAAAUAUAAAUAAUACUACUACUAUUACUACUACUACUACUACUACUACUACUACUACUACUAAUAAUAAUAAUAAUAAUGAUAAUAAUAAUCACUCUAAGUAGAAAAAGAACUAAAUCAAAAAGAAAUAUUUACAUUUCAGAAUUAAAUUUUUAUUUUUACUCUUUAGCUAUUCAUAUUUUAUUUCUUUGAUACACAUUUUUGGUCCUCACUUAAUUCUGCAUUAUUCAGACUUCAACCCUCUCAGGCUCAAAAUUAGUUUUGGUGAAAAGGCCAACAACUAAGUCCUUCAGGGGUACUUCUGAGUAAAAAAAUGCUCAUGAAAUACGUAUGUGGAGUAGCCAGGUAGGUAGGUUUUAACUGUUGCAAAUCUGCAACACCUGCAUCCAGAGGGUUAACUGGCUCAGUGACCUAGUGGUAUAAGUGUCCACACUGAGACUGAGAGAUUAUGGGUUCAAAUUCAUGGUCGGGUCAUACCAAAGACGUUAAAAAUGGGACCCAAUGCCUCCCCACUUGACAUUCUUUGUGUUUGAGGGAUGAACACCAAAUGGUUUCCGAGGGUGGUUGUGUUUGCAGCCCACCACUUCCCCAGGGGAUGGGUCAAAUACAUAGAACACAUUUUGCACACACCAGUGUAUGCAACAACUAAUGGAACUUGAACUUUUGAGGCUUUUGUUCUGUAAGGCAAACAGCUCUUUACUUCAGUUUCACCUCAAUUUUGUUUCUGCUCAGUUUUCUGUAUUUUUUUUUUAUUUUGGCUCUUGCUUUUGAAAGAAAGUUUCAGUGGAAGUUUGUGUAUGGCAAACAGCUUGAGCCACACACUCCAAACCCUCAUAACCAAUUAGAUCAAAGCAUUAACAAGCCCCUUCCACAAUUCUAAAUAUCAAAAGGCCUAGUUUAAAUGUAAAAAUAAAAUAUGUUUUAAUUUUGAUAUUUAGACAUAUACUCAUGAAUUAGUUAUUUUUCUUUGAAGAGUGAUUUUUUUUUUUUUUGCUUUAGAAAUUCAAACUUUCCUUGAAAUUGUAUUUUAAGUAGCUUUUUGGGUGUAUUUUGUGUGGAACUAUAUUUUUGGUUCAUCAUUUUGGCACAGCUCUAAUCCCAUACAUUUAAUAGUUGCUCUUUUAACUUAAACGUGAGAAUGUAACCUUCUCCUUUUUUAUAAUUUAGAAUGUCUUUUAAUAUUUUACAUACUCAACAUGAACACACCAUUAUUUAUUAUUCAGUGCAAAUUAUUUUAAACAUAAGCUGAAGGUAUAAAAACACCUUAGACUGCAUUAGUGUUCCCUAUAAAAACUUAUUUUAAAGUCAUAACUGAUGCAAAAACACAUCAUAAUUUAUUCGUGUAUUUAUUUUUUUUUAGAUCUGACUAGUUUAAAACAUAGACAGAUUUAAACUACUUGUAUGUGCUUAAAACUUCAGCUGGUUUCUCUUUUUUGUGUCAUGUUUUAUCAGCUGACAAAAAUACCUUAUUAUUGUCAGCUGCUCAUACAGAUGUAAAUAGACAUGUAUGGCAUCAUCCAUGGGUGGACAGGGAGACUUAUUUCAUAACAUUGUGCCAAAUGAUGUAGCAAAACUCAAAAGAAAAAACAGAAAUGUGCCAAUUUGAUUCAGAGACACCACCAGCACAAGGUUGAUCAUGGUUUGAUUUUCUUUUAAAUGAAAGGAGAAUACCUGAGCCAUCCUGGAACACAGAUCAUAAAAAAAAUAUAUAUUUUAUGAAUUAAAAAGCUGAAUUGUUCAUCAAUAGCUGGAGAUUGGAAUCGGAGAGUUAACCUGACACCAGCAGAACAACAUGGUUGAAGGAAAUAUGUCCUUUAGAAACAUAAAAGUGCUGAAUCUGUACAAUAAUGAAUGAUGGCCAUUGCUUUUACAUUAAAGCAGACUGAAGGACCUGAGGUUAACUUUAAACUAAAAGACAAAAAUGAGCAAAGACCUGAAUGGUUAAACUUAAUUACUUUACUAUGUUUAUAAUCAAGUCAUGCUUUGAAAUCAUAUUUAUAAAAAUGUAUUAUUAAGUAGUGUCUAUAAACAGCUGUUAAAUAAAGAAAAUGACAAUGCAGCAGUUUUUUUCUUUAUUUCUUUUUAAUCAAUUUUUAUCAAUACAAAUAUUAUUACCUUUAUAAUUUAUUAUUAUUAUUAUUACUAUUAUUGUUAUUAUUACUACUACUAACAAUGACCUAAUACAUUGUUGUACAGACUUCAUUACUGCGGGAUAAACCUGCCAAAUCGCUCAUUAUUGCCAUAGUUCAUUGCUGUCAAGAUGUUUUUCUCAGCAGUUUCACGGGAGAGCAUAAAAAAGCUCAUCAGCACUUUCUUUUGGAUCAGUUUCAGAAACGAAAACAAGAGUUUUUGCAGAGGUGGAAAAUGUUAGUCUAAUUUGAAGAAUAUUUUUCCAUUUGCCUCAAAUACAACUGUAGAAACACAACAAAACAUGGAUGGACUAUUUUUUGAAAAUAUUUUUGUGUUUCCUGGUUGUGAAGGAAUAACUAACAUUUCUCUAUGCAAAAAUGUCCAAAAUGUCAUAUUUGCAUAGCUUUUAGCUGGAAAAUGCUAACUCUAGGCUGCAGUAAAAUACUGCUCGUGUACUAAUUCAAAACUAGGUGCCAAUGGUGUAACUUUAAGCAGAGCUUGUCUGAAAUUUGAAUUAACUUAAAGAACACUCCCAGCUCCAAAUCCAAGUUGGUACCUUUGUGCAAUGAACUUGUUAUGGAGAGUGUGAUGUUUUUAACAUGAGUGAUCAUCAGAAAGCUAAGUUCCAUUUUAAACAGAACCAGAACCUGCAGUAGUCAUGUGGGACCCAUAGUGUUAUCUAAUGGUUACAAGAUAGAAAAUCUGAGUUUUUGUGCUACAAACAUCUUUCUGCCUGCAUUGCUUCAUUUUCACAUGUCAAACAUGUCACUGCGUUGGCAGUAAUAAUAAACUGUCUUCACAGAUGUACGAAAAAUCUCCUGAGAGACAUCACAGGAAGAGCUCUGCUGUUUAAAACCUCACGUCGCUGCGACUUUCACAUGUUAAUGCGGUCUGUCCCUCUGGUGAUAAUGCAUAUAUGCAUUAUUGUGUUCGUGACAAAGCUGUUGUAGCAUAAAUGUAGUGCAGGUGUUGUUCACGCUCAGCUUCAGCAGCGCUUUGAGGCUAAAUAAAGGAUGUUAUGCCAGCAUCACACCCACACAACUUGUGUCCAGUGCUCAGAUCUCCAAGUCUGCAUUUCUUGUAUAACAGUUGAAAUCUGAAGAGCUUUGAUGUUGUGUUGCAGGUUCUGGUUCUUUACAAAAGCUAUGGACCAUUACACGUCAGGUCACACCAUUAAUUACACACUUUCUGUCACACUUAAAGAAAUUAAUCACAGAAUUUAUUUAAUUAUGCAUAUUCAUGAUUCUUUUUAUUCAUGUUUUUAAUACCGAUGUGUUACUGAUUUGUGUUAAAAGGAUGUUGUUUUAUGUAUGUUUUUUAAUCAGGAAGACAUAUUUUAAAAACUUGUCAUCUUUUUUCCAAAGUCCCUCAUAGAACAAUAAGCCUAAGCUGCGCCGGUCCCUUUUUCUUUCAUAUUGACUCAGUUCUUAAAGCAGCUAUUCGUGUACCUCCUAGGUCAUCAACUUAAAAAAGGUAAAAUUCACAAUAUUCAACAUUGAUCCUCAGUCUGUAUGAUGUCACUCAUCUGAAAAUAGUAGCUUUUACUUUUUUCUUUCUUGUGACACA